AUGACCAGGUUCCAUCAUUUCUUUCGGAAUUUAUUACUACUGUCAAUUCCGAGUUUUUCGUUUCCACUCAUUCUCGAUUUUCUCAUCAACCCUCACCCAAUCAAACACAAAUCUUCAGUGGCAAAACCGUUAUUACUUUUCAACACUGAGUGCAGGAGCUCAAUUUUAAUGGUGGUGGUUAUGAAGUUGAGCGCGUGUGAAAACUUAGCUUCGUGGACCGUAGUCAAUUCGGUUUUGGAAGGUUUGUUAUUCGGUAAAUGGAAGGGUUUGGGUAUGAGAAUGGGUGAAUGA